UUUGUUGUCAUUCAGCAGCUCUCAAGCGCUCUCAUCCUCCUCUGACCCCCUGCAGCUUCAAUUUACCCGUUUCGACACUCGCGUUUACGUUUGUGCAACUCUGUCUUAUAAACAGAAGAACGGCGUUUAAAGGAAAGAGGAAUUGCUUUGGAAGGUUGAAGUCACCGGCAAAAUAAAAUGAUGCUGAGGAUGGCAAGUUGGAGAAGAUAGCAUUGGAUUUCAUCUUAAGACGACAAUAUAAUAGAAAUAAUUGGAAAGUUAAAGGACAAGUGGCGAGAGAAAGGAUCAGUCCCGUCCGGGUGAAGAUGGGGAUGGAGUGCAUGACGUCUUGGAUUUUGACAUGUCACGGUACGAGCGCAUUUUUGUUGUUGAUGAAACUACGAGUAAAACGUUUUUCCCACAGGGAGAGUCGCUAUGGCAAAGUGGGCGGGUGCAAUUGAAACGUUAGCAGAAACCGCAUUUCUAUUUUAGCCUUAAAUCCGUGCCAGAGCUGCCGACAAGCAUCUCACCAGUCUCGCUCCUAGGCAAUGUGAUCCAACGCAGGUGGACCUCUUCUAGGGGGCUUGAAUGAGCACCACAAUGGACACGCUCUCCGCGGCGCGUCCUCUCUGAAGUUUGUAGGAGGCCACUGUUCUACUUUACCACCACAAGAGAGUCCAGCUCCAAUUUGGCCGUUACACAGUGAUAAACCCACAAAAACACUGCCCUGUGUUUCACUUGUCAUGGAUGCCCAGGUGGCUCUGCUGCACGUAUGGACAGUCCUUGUCCUGACAGCAGAACUGAAUUGGAUUGAUACUGCAGAAGUCUACACCAAUGCUUGGGCUGUCCAGAUUAAUGGAGGCCCUGAGGAGGCUGAUCGCAUCGCAAAGGAACACGGUUUCAUCAACCAUGGCAAUGUUUUUGGAGAUUAUUAUCACUUCAGACAUCAUGCUGUGGAGAAGCGAGCUUUUUCUAGACACACGGGGCUGCACAUCAGACUGCAACAAGAUGCACAAGUUCUAUGGGCAGAGCAGCAAGUGGUGAAAAGGAGGAAGAGGAGGGAAGUCUUUGAGGAACCAACCGACCCUGAUUUUUCCAAGCAGUGGUACCUGUCCACUCUGACUCAUCAAGACUUAAAUACCAAAGUAGCUUGGGCUCACGGCUACACUGGAAAAGGUAUUGUGGUGACUAUCCUGGAUGACGGCAUUGAGAAAGACCACCCAGAUCUCAUCAACAAUUAUGAUCCGGAGGCCAGUUAUGAUGUCAAUGAUGGAGAUGCUGACCCACAACCAAGAUACACUCAGCGUAAUGAGAACAGACAUGGAACUCGAUGUGCAGGAGAGGUGGCAGCUGCAGCUAACAAUGGUGUGUGUGGCGUGGGUGUGGCCUAUAAUGCUAAGAUUGGAGGAGUCCGUAUGUUGGAUGGGGAGGUGACAGACGUGGUAGAGGCCCACUCUCUUGGUCUCAACCCCCAGCACAUUCACAUAUACAGUGCCAGCUGGGGCCCAGAAGAUGACGGCAAAUCUCUGGACGGUCCUGCUAAGCUGGCCAAGGAGGCUUUCCAGCAGGGAAUCACCAAGGGACGUGGGGGACUGGGCUCUAUUUUUGUGUGGGCUUCUGGGAACGGCGGCAGAGAGCAAGACAACUGCAACUGUGACGGCUACACCAACAGCAUCUACACAUUGUCCAUCAGCAGCACCACACAAUCUGGAAAUGUGCCAUGGUACAGCGAGCCUUGUUCAUCUACCCUCGCCACCACCUUCAGCUCCGGAGACCCUGGGGAAAAACAGAUAGUGACAACAGACCUUAGGCAAAAGUGCACCGAUUCACACACAGGAACGUCGGCUUCAGCACCACUAGCUGCUGGAAUCAUUGCUCUGGCGCUGGAGGCCAAUAUGAACCUGACCUGGAGGGACAUGCAGCACCUGGUGGUGAGAACAGCCCGACCCAAACGUCUCAACGCAGGAGACUGGAGGACCAAUGGAGUUGGACGCAGAGUGAGUCACUCAUAUGGUUAUGGGCUCCUGGAUGCUGGCGCAAUGGUGGCUUUAGCGCAAAACUGGACCAGAGUGGGGCCACAGCACCAGUGUGUUCACACAAUGCUCACAGAACCAAGAGACAUCGGGAGCAGGCUGAUGUUCAGUAAAAGCGUGGAUGCCUGCUGGGGACGGCCAGACUAUGUCAGCUCUCUGGAGCACGUUCAGGCUCGUCUUACUCUCCUCCACAACCAGAGGGGCAAGCUGGCUAUUCAUCUCGUCAGUCCACUGGGCACACGCUCUACCCUGUUGUUUCCCAGGCCAAAUGACUUCUCCACUGAGGGAUUCAAUGACUGGGCCUUUAUGACCACCCACUCGUGGGAUGAGGAUCCUCAAGGGGAAUGGACCUUGGAAAUAGAAAAUGUUGUUGCUAAUAGCCGAGACUAUGGAGUGCUGAGUCAAUUCACGCUGACUCUGUGGGGCACAGGGUCCACUGGGGUCAGCCUGUUGUCGUCGGACUUCCCUCGGCCCUCCAACAACAGCUGCAAGACGUUCGAUGCUCAGCAGAUCUGCAUCGAAUGCAGCCCAGGUUUCUCACUCUUCCUCCAAGGCUGCGUUAAGUUGUGCCCUCCUGGUUUCACGUCGGGGCCGCAGCUCCUCAAUCUCUCUCUCGAGAACUGGGUUGACUUGUCUUCAGUACAAGCCUGCCUGCCCUGUCAUCCCGCCUGUCUCAGCUGCUCUGCCACGGGGCCCACGGACUGUCUGUCUUGCCCUCCUCACAGUCGCCUGGUCCUCACUUCCUGCCUGCACCAGAACCAGGUGCAGCGCAAAUCUCCUCUUGCCGGAGGGGAGCCCAGAGGAGAGGAUCCAAAAUUAGAUGAUGAUGAUAAAAGCGUCGGCGGCGUGGCCCCACCUGAUCCUCGCUCGUCUUCUCACUUUCCCGUCAUUGUGGCGAUCCUCAGCUGUGCCUUUAUCUUGACGGCCUUUGCCGGAGUGUUUCUGAUACUGCAGCUGCGCUCGCGUGGAGUCUCUUCUGGCCGGAGGACCAAACUGCCCGAUAGACAUGUGGGCUUUGGUUUCGGCCCGGGCCGAGGACAGAAGAGGAAGGCUCGCAUAUGCUACAAGGGAAUCCCCACUGUGUGGGGGGAUGAGGACAUGACCGCCUACGAGUCUGAAUCAGACAGCGAGGAAGUUGACGCUCACAGCGAAAGGACAGCUUUCAUCAAGACUCAGAGUGUCAUCUAGACGACCCCAUCCCAAGAUACAGGGGUCCUUAGUUUACAAUGGAAUUCCUCAGAAUUUGUCAGAACAUGUAGUUGUGUUCCUAAAAAUUUUAAUCAAUUGAAAUAUGAAUAUCUGAAUAAAUUCAGGCUUCUCA